CGCUCUCUGUCACAUGAAGAUUUACGUCACUACUUUGACACGCACAACAUGGAGCAUGUUCCCCAGUAUGCCAUUGUAUCUCCUCGUCACGUGGUCAGCCCUAAUUCUUCCAGUGACGUCGUUGAAUAUCACGUGACUGCUUUUGGAGUCAGCUACCACCUAAAAUUAGAACGUAACAGCCGACUGGUUUCAUCAGGUUGCAUUGUGGAGACGCGGGUCAACGGAACAAAACACAUCUCAUCCUGCCUUAAAUCGAACCCCAACGGCUCUGCUGUGGACGAUUGUUUCUACAUCGGUCACUCCGUCAGUCACAAGAGAUCCCUGGUUGCUGUUUCCACUUGCUUUGGGCUGCAAGGUGUAAUCAGCAUUGCUGGCAACGACCAUGACCUUGUCAUUAAACCAAUCAAAUCAAAACACCAAGAGCGCGCUAGACGCAGCGCUGAAUCAGACAACCCCCACAUCGUAUUCAGGAGAGAAACAAAGCACCAGCUAUGUGAAGGAGCGGUAGAGGUCGCUGACAGGCUGUAUAAAGCUUCAUCUCCCCACAGAGCGGUCAAAAGGUCAGCGGGCGACCUUCACAUUGAACUCCUUCUUGUAGCAGACAAAACUAUGCACGAAACUUACGGACUCGAUCUGAAAAAUUUUCUACUGUCUGUAACAAACGUGGCUAAUGCCAGAUUCUCAGACCCCAGUUUGGGCAGAAAGAUCUACCUGAGUGUAACGCAGGUGAAAAUCCUGGAGUCAGACCUGCCAGGCCUGGAGAUUGUGCCAGAUGCCGGAUACGGGCUGAAGAGUUUCUGUGAGUGGCAGGAGAGAGAGAAUCCUCUGCUGGACACUGACCCCCUCCACCACGACGCUGCUGUCCUGUUUACCAGACUUGACCUCACCCAUGGGUCUGGUGGGUCAACUAACCGAGGCCUGGCCAGCAAUGGAGGGAUGUGCACCAGGAGCACGAGCUGUGCUUAUGUGGAGAGUACCGGACUGGACACAGGGGUCACACUGGCACACGAGCUCGGACACACGUUAGGUAUGUCCCAUGAUGGGGACCAUAACAACUGUACUAAUUUCAAAAAUAUGAUGGCCUCUGAUGGGGCAGUAGGACCUGAGAGCUUUAAAUGGUCACCAUGUAGCAGAGAUGCCCUCAACAGGUUUAUUAGCUCUGGGAAAGCUGAAUGCCUAAAUGACCACCCUGUCCACUUUGAAGACCUGCCCCAUGACUUGCCAGGAAUUCUAUAUGAUGCUAAUGAUCAGUGCCGCUUGUGGAUGGGAACUAAAUUUUACCACGACUCAAGUAGUAAUGAUUCCUGCGGUGAGCUAAAAUGUCAAUACCCAAACUCAAAUGGUUAUAAAUCCUCUGGGGCAGCCAUGAUGGAUGGGUCCAUGUGUGGUCAAAGAAAGUGGUGCAUAAAUGCAGUUUGUGUAGACAUGGGAGCAGGCAGUCCUGGUCCAGUUAAUGGUGGCUGGUCAGCUUGGUCACCUGACUGGUCAUCCUGCUCUAGAAGCUGUGGGGGCGGAGUCAGAUCUAAAACUAGAACCUGCGACAACCCAAGGCCUCGAUUUGGUGGUAAAGAAUGUGAAGGUCCCAGCGUAAAAACAAACCUAUGUAAUGUCAAGUCAUGUGGUACACCAGAGGACAAGUUUAAAGAAGAUCAGUGUCAGGCAACACAUGACCAGCCAGUUGAUGGUCAGUUGUAUGACUGGUCACCUGCGGAUAUAGGAGGGCAACAAGAAUGCUUUCUGCUGUGUAGCUCUAAGCCAGGGAACAGGAUACUCAGGCGUAUGCUUAAUGGAAGCAGAGACUUUAAAGAUGGAACUGUGUGUCUGGGUGAGCAGACUGCAGAUUUUUAUAGAUGUGUUCAAGGAAAAUGUCAGGCAUUUGGCUGUGAUGGUCACUCAGAUUCCAACAACAAGUUUGAUAAGUGUGGAGUUUGUGGUGGUUUGGGCAAUACAUGUGCACCACAUUCAGGAAGGGUAACUCUUGGAGAACCACACAAAUGGUCAACAAUUGUGAAACUGCCCAAAGGAUCCAGGGGUGUCAAGCUACAAAACAGAAAUAAAUUUACUAAAAUGACUGUAGCUGUGCAUGGCAAACCUAUAUUCAAUGAGAACCCUAACAUGCAGGCACCCUCACAGACAUACAGCACAGAGGGUCUCACACUGGACUACCAUAGGGCCAGUGAUGCAGCCUUAGAGUCAAUCAACAUUGACGACCCUAUUCAAACAGAGGCAGAAGCCCAGGUAUUUUCCAUAUUCCCUGAUGCCCAGUUUCAGCCUGACAUCAGUUUUGAUUUUUUCACCCCAUCUUUCAUUGAAGCCUUGUACGAGUGGGGGUCAACAAAUGUAAAGUGUAUGGCUGAAUGUGGCAAUGAAGGUUAUUAUGAGGUUGAGGUGACCUGUCACAAAAAGAGUGACAACACAGUGGUGGAGGACAAGUUCUGCAACAUUUUUGAUAAACCUGACACAACAGGGGAAAAAUGCAUUGCAGGAACAGGGGAAAAAUGCAUUGCAGGUGCAUGUGCGCCAUUUUGGCAAACUGGUGAAUGGAGUUACUGUUCAAGCAACUGUGGAAAUGGAACACAGAACAGAUCAGUGGAAUGUGUUACAAAAUCAGGUGGCGCCAUUGUGCAUGUCCCUACUAGUCAGUGUCCAGCCAAUCAGAAGCCAGCUUCAAGCAGGAUGUGUAAUGGUGUCAUGUGUGCUGCUAACUGGGUCACGUCCAACUGGUCAAGUUGCUCACUACCAUGUGGUCGGGGUGUUCAGACCAGGGACGUGCGAUGUCGGAUUGGGGGAAGUGAUGUCACAGACUCUCAAUGUCAUGGGUCAAGGCCAGAAAGUCGCCAGGCUUGUGUGGAGAAGAUCUGCGACCCAACCAUUGUUGGUGAAAACUGUACAGAUAUCAGUAGUGAAUGCGGUGCCUAUGACCUCACCAUGUGCAACGACUAUGCUGACUGGGCGCAAAUCAACUGCCAAUUCACAUGCAGCUUCUGUUCAAAGACAGCCUGUCUGGACAUGAGUUCUGACUGUACUGGAUAUGGAUCGAGUAUUUGUGAAGGAGAGUACGCACCAUGGGCCAAAGAAAAUUGUGCCAAGUUUUGUCAGUUCUGUGAUGCUCGGGCUUCAGUGGCAUCUGGGAAGAAGAGGACCUUGACAUCUGACCCACAGAGGUCAGUGACAUCAAGCACGCAAGGGUCAACAUGUGGGAAUAAAAUAACGGACUGCGCUGCGUACGGUUACGGUAUGUGUUCAGGAGAAUAUGGGCAGUGGGCAGCAGCAAAUUGUGCUGAGUUUUGUGGGCUAUGUGGUAAUUCACAGUGUGCAGAUGCUAGUCCUGACUGCGAAGGGUAUGGGUUAAGUAUUUGUUAUGGAGAUUUUGAAGACUGGUCCAAGGUUAACUGCGCAAAAUAUUGUGGCUUCUGCAACAGGACUUCAGCAGCUAAUGGAACCUCUGUACCAGAGACACCUGCAAGUUCAUGCAAUGAUGCCAGCACUGACUGCUCUGGCUAUGGGGAAAGUAUUUGUCAUGGGGAUUACGAAGAUUGGUCAAAAGUCAAUUGUGCCAGAUUUUGUGGACAUUGUGGAUCACCAGAAACCACAACAGCCACACUGGCAAGUUCCUGUAAAGAUGAAAGCACCGACUGCUCUGGCUAUGGAGAAAGUAUUUGUCAUGGGGAUUAUGAAGAUUGGUCAAAGGUCAAUUGUGCCAGAUUUUGUGGACAUUGUGGAUCACCAGAAACCACAACAGCCACACUGGCAAGUUCCUGUAAAGAUGAAAGCACCGACUGCUCUGGCUAUGGAGAAAGUAUUUGUCAUGGGGAUUAUGAAGAUUGGUCAAAAGUCAAUUGUGCCAGAUUUUGUGGACAUUGCAGCUCAUCAGAAACCACAACAGCCACACUGGCAAGUUCCUGUAAAGAUGAAAGUACUGACUGCUCUGGCUAUGGGGAAAGUAUUUGUCAUGGCGAUUACGAAGAUUGGUCAAAGGUCAACUGUGCCAGAUUUUGUGGACAUUGUAGUUCAGUUUCCUCUCCCCCAUCCUGCACCGACAUCAGUCCGGACUGUACCGGGUAUGGCCAGAGCAUUUGUACCGGUGAUUACACAGACUGGGCCAAGUUAAACUGUGCCAGAUUCUGCGGCCACUGCAAAAUUGCUAAACCCAAAAAAGUCCUGAUUUCGAAACCCAGGGUAGAUGGGGCUCUUAUUUUGGUCUUGAAUGAAUUAUUCCGGGAUUUAGCAGACAAGACGACGCUAACCAUGAUGCAACUUUACCACGUGAUUUCAUGGCUGCUGUGUCUCCAAGUUCUUCCCGUCUGCUCCGCCAGUCCUCUUGCUGUGCAGCAGGUUGAAUUGAACUUGAGAUCAGAGGAACUGGUGCCAACAGAGAAUCCACCUGACUUGUCCACCGCACCAGCUGACGUCACUACCGACAUCCCUUGCCGUGACGAAGACAUCAACUGCGAGACUUUUGGCGCCCGAAUCUGCAACUCCCCCUACGCCAACUGGUCCAAGACCAACUGCGCCAAGUUCUGUGGGCACUGCGUGGUCCCCACCGUCCCCACCACCCCGUCCCUCACCUGCUAUGACGCGGACAUCAACUGCGAGGCGUUCGGGCUCCGGAUUUGCCGGUCGCCGUACGCCAACUGGUCUCAGACAAACUGCGCCAAAUUUUGUGGGUUCUGUGACCUUGGGACGGAAAUACCACUCAUCUAGCUUGUCUCUGAUUGGUCAACAUUUAUUACAUUCAUGACACUGCUGAUAUUUUGACAAGAUUUAAAAAAUCCAGAUAUACCCAACGCUUAGUACAUCAAUGAAAUAAAUGUA